CCACGGAGGAGUGGGGUCCAUCGGCGACUGCUGUAAUGCGCCAUGAGACUGAGCUGUCACCCCCAGUUCUGCUGCUUCACGGCCGUCCCGUGCUUCGUGAACGCGGUGCUUGACCCCCGCAUACUCAUCCGCUUGUUGCCAUGCGGAAGACAUCACAAGAUGGUGGAGAUUCAACCUCUAUUACCAGUGGAAUAGAAAAUGAAAUUAAAAAGCCUGGAGCAAUUGGAAAAACAAAACGGAAUUCCAUUAAACGGAAAGUUCAGAAUUUCAGCCAUGAAUCUGACGAUGCUGUCAUUGAGCCACUCUUGCAGAAAGAUAAAGAAAAGCCCGAAACAACAAAGCCAAGUGCCAAAUUUAACCUUUUGUCAAAAACUAAGACUGACGAUUUGAGCGAAAAAGGAACCGAUAAGGACAAACUAAUCACGGAUGAUAAACUGCAGAAGUCAGGUAUAUCGAAUGCUUCUGAGAUCACUGACAAAAUAUCAUCAUCUUCUAAUUCGAAAGAAAACAAUAUACCCAAAAUUACAAGUGCCAAUGCUCCUUUACAUAAUCACAUGAAUACCAACGUGUUUGGUUCACCUGAUGGCUUAAAAGGAUUUGUUGCACCAAAAAGCCAAAUUUUAGUAGAGAUUGAUGGCUGUAAACAGGUCGGCUAUAAUCCAAGUCCAUUAAUAUUCACAACAGCGAAAAUACACACUGAUGGCAAAACAAAACACAUGGAACCAGUUCAAGUAACUCCAGUACCAAUUCUGUCAACAAUUGAAGUGAGUGUCUUAAAAAGUGGAGGCAAUGCGUCUGAAAAAUCUGGUCAAGUAAGUUCCAACAUCAGUACAGUAUAUGCGAUGCCUCAUACUAGCAAAAAUAUAAUAGAACCAACAUACAAAGCUGUCAAUAACGUGCCAACGACACAAAAUAAAGCGGUUAUUGAUAUCAAGAUCCCUAGCAUAAUGAGCACUGAAUUAGAUAAGACCUCAAAAGUAUUGUCCUCUAGCAAAGAAACAAAACCAACACAAUCUAAAAUAUCUCCUACCGGAAUACCAGAUAAAACGACGGGGAAUAAAAGCUUCACUAAAGAGAAUAAACCAGAAAAAGAUGAAAAACAUAUAAAACCACCCAUAUCACAGGUUGGUAAUUAUAAUGAUGCCAAAGUUACAUCAAGUUCGGUUGCUACGACAAAAUCUGUUCCAACUAAUAAUUCUAUGAAAGAUAGUGGCGCGCUUGAUAAAACUAAAGAUAAGUUAGAAUCACAUCGGCAACCUGAACAUAAAAUUGAAUUGACUAAGACUGCUAAGCUAGACAGUACAGACUCACAAAAAAACAAAGAACGUGAUGACAUUAAGACAAGUAAGGAUAAAAAUAAAGAAGCUUCAAAUACUUCCACUAGUAGCAGGCAAUUGCAGCGCCAAAGUAUUGUAGAAAAGGAAGAUACAAUAUCGAAUAUAAAACCAACUAACGAUUUAAAAAGCACGAAUAAAGCAGUUGAUAGUCAAAAGAAUAAAUCGGCAGACAGUCAAAAAUCCUCUAAAAUUGAAACCAGUGACAAAACUAAAUUGCCAAAGCCUAGUGCCAAUAGUAUUCCAGUUACUAACGUAACAAUUAAUAACAACACUACCCCUAAUACAGCACCUAAUUUAGCCACAAAUGUAAAUAAAAAUGUUAGUGCCAAUAAAUCAUCAAUUCCUACAACCAUUACUUCAUCUGUUGUAAAAUCCCCUAUUCCAACGACUAAAAACUUGUCAGAAGGCAAAUCAUCCGCUACAACAACUACCACUUCAUCUGCUGUCAAAAUAUCUACUCCAACAACUACCCCGUUCACUACCAGUAAAACGAUUGUAUCUACAAUGAGUCCAUCAAAUGCAACUACAUCGACAAUCAGUAAAAAUAUGUCCACUCCUAUCUCUACAACCGCUCCUGUAAAAAAGACAUCUAUACCCGUCACCACAGCUCCGGUUACCAAUAAAACAUCAGUGCCUGCAUCGGUGACAGUGGCUUCUAGUAAAGUUACUGCUCCGUCAACUAUAAAGACAGACAAUAAAUCAGCUGUUAUACCCGCAACUAUAACUAACGCUCCGAGUAACAAGACGUCUCAGUCAAUAACUUCAGGAGCAAAUAAGGGAUAUAGUCCUUCAGUUACCACAUCAACGGUUAAAAUGACUUCAGGGCCUCAUACCACGACGCCAGUCGACAAGACCACUACAUCGAAUUCAAUUUCCUCAGCCAAAUCCAUAGCCUCAAGCAUUGCUUCAGCAAAACCGCCUGCUACAACUACAUCUUCAGUUUCAAAGACUUCAAAUACUGAAAAACCAUCAGUUACUGCUUCUUCUGGAAACAUUAAGCCAGAGGUGACGAAAGCAAGCUCCAAUGCUAAAUCACAAGAAUCAAAUAUUCAAUCCAAACCUACGAGUUCAAUAACUACUACGAAACCAUCAAAAGUUUCAUCAGCUAUAACUCCAGCAACUACUUCUCAAAGGAUUGAUAUAACUAAAUCACAGAAUACAAUAACGACAGCGAAGCCGACAUCAAGUAAAGCAAUCCCACAGACCAUAGUAGGCAAAUCAACCGACGCACCUAAGAGCUCAACAAGCAACGAAAAACCUUCAUCAGUAAAAAGUAGUGGCACAUCAUCAAGUUCAGCUACAACGAGUGGAGUGUCAAACGUCACGGUUACUGCUGCUGCAACUUCUCCUCCCUUGGCUUCUACUGGAUCAUCAUCGAAAACUACAGAAGGUAAUAAACAAAAUGACUCAAAGUCGAAAGAAUUAAGUAACGGUAGCAAAAGUUUAAAAGCUUAACAGUUAUUACGAAAUGAGUUUGGGUUUUUAGGAGAUAUACAAGUGGCUCAAUCCAUAGUUGUAAUGAUAAUAAUUAAUUUGUAUAACGAAGUAUUCCAAAAUUUAUCACAAGGUAUAAUGUACAAUCUAGUCAUCAAGAUGCUUGUAUUCUAGGUUGCACAACUCACUUUUCUUAUGAUAUAGAUAUUUCCUUAUUCCUCGCUCAGCGUAGUGGAAUAGUGUGUUAUAUAGCUGUAAAUACCUAUCAUAGUACAUUAUGUGAACUGAAUGGUCAAUGUGUCUAAUCUUCUGUAUGCAUGAAAUCAUACUAAUAAUUAUAUUAGGUACUUAGUUAAAGGUGCGCGUUGGAGUAGACAUAUUUGUAGGUAAAGGUUGAUCCGUGUAACACGUGUAUUUGCUCAUGGUAAAUAAAUGAAAGGAAUUGAAAAGUUUAUAAAAAAAAACUGUUAAUUAUAUUUUAAAUAGAAAAAUAACUACUUAAUUUAAAGUUUAAACCAGAAUUUUUAACCUUCCAAGUGCCAUUUCGAAGCCUGUGUGAAAAUAUGCAUAGCAAUAUUACCGAUUAGUUACCAAAACAUGGAAUGUUAUACGUUGACGGACAUACGGACGGUAGGUUAGUGGUGCUAAGAAAGACAUAUUUUUCAUAGACAAUAUUAUUAUUAUAUUUUCGAUACCAUUUAGAGAUGAAUACCUAGUUUCAUCUCACAGUGUCAAUUUAUAUCAUUAUUAAAUUGAUGUGUAUCUAUCAUUGACAAACCAGAAAUGAAGUAAAUAAGAUAUAAUAUGUACUAUGCAUUGCACCUGUUUGUAGGUGCUCUGUAAAUUUCAUUUAUCAAUGACGAGAGAAAAUUAUAAAAACGCAGGGUAGAAACUGAUAAUACAAGAAUUAUUAAUUUAAUAAUAGCAAUCUAAAUUUCAUUGAUGUAUGUUUGAAUAUUUGAUACUAUUUUUUUAGAAUGCUCAUUUGAGGCGGGUAAUAUGACGGAGAUUAUUUGAUUUUGAACAGAAACUUGAGUCAAACAAUGAAGGUAAAGCACAGCAAUAUUGGAAUGAUGUCCGGUAAAAUCCAGUAAUUUGGCUCCCCUUGCAUUUGAUGCUUGAACUACCAAGAAAACUUUUUCAUAGUAAGAUCGUUACUCCCAAAAAAUGUGUUACAAAUUGUAAGUUUCCAUCGUACAAUGCACUAAAAACAAUCACACAAAGUCAUUGACAGACGACCGUCAGCCAGGUAUCACAGGGUGGUGCAUUAUCAAAUUUAAUAAAUUUUAUUACAUUGCCAAAUUAAAAAAAUACAAUUUCUUUUAAUUACAUAAAUUGAUUGUCAAACAAACGCUUAUAAUACAAUAGUACGGUUCGGAUGAGAGGUAUGUACAUGAAUUUGAUCAAUGCAGUUGAAACAUGUUUACAAAUAGUAGAUACUUUAGUUGUCAAAUACUCGUAACACCAACGUCCCAGCACAAUUCUUAUUGUAGUACAUCGUCCAGUUAAUAAUGAAUUCCGUCUGUAAAGUAAAUGCACAAAACAUUUUAUUUUCCGUGUCGUUAGUAUGUCAUAAAUAAGUCUCAAAUAGUGUCAAUAGUAUUUACAUAAUGGAUGGCAGAAUACAUUUUUCUGAUCCGAUGAAGCAGAUUUUGAGAAACAUAUUUUUCCCAGAGAUGGACUAUCCUCAGGCAUUAAAGUAACCGAUCAGCUAGCCAGAAUAAAUAUAAGGUCAGUUCCAAUUCACAAUACAAAGUAUUUGUAUUUAUUUUUUUCUGAAAUCUUAACAAUAAAAGACAUACAUAAACAUAUUUUGAAUUAUUUUUACUUAGCUGACGAAUUUAAUGAACUUUCUUUACAUGCAGAUUAACCCAGUGUGUUAAAGAAACUAAUUGCUGGAGAAUGUAGCGAGGUUAUAGUAGGAUAUGAAUUUCAGCUAUGUUUUUAAUAAUCUAUACAUAAUUUGGUGAAAUACAAACUGAAGAUGAAGUAAUAACAGGAUUCGUGAACAAUAUUAGAUCUUUGAUCGCCUGAAGAACUGAAUAAUUGACUGACUCCGACAGUAAGAACAGUUGUCUGCUUGUGAGUGUAAUAUUGCUAAUUGAAUAAAUGUCAUGUCCGUUAUAAUUUCAGUCCUUAGCCAGUAGACAUUACCAAUUCUCAUAAAUAUACCUAAAUUGAUUAAAAAUAAUGUUCCCAAUGAUAAAAUCGAUUCCCAAAGAGGAAAUAAAAUUUUGGAAUAAUAAACAUGUGUUAAAUAAAAUUAGGAAAAAAGUAUUUUGUUAAUACAUAUUAUAUUAUUUGUCUAUUUAGAAAUUAUAGUCUUCUAUUAAAUUGUACUUUUCUUCAAGAGUUCACCCGUUAUAAUAUAUACUAUGUGAAGUAGGUAUCAAAUUAAUUAUUUGUUUGUACUAGGUUAGAAAUUAACUCAUUAUGUGAUGCCUAGCCAAAUGUGUAAGUCAGUUAAAAUAUUAAAAAAAAUAACUAUAAUACCGCAUAAUAAAAUAAAUGUAAUACAAAUUUUAUAAACUGCCAUAGAAAAUAAUUUUCUUAUAAACCGUUUAUUUUUUGUGAAUUACUAGUAGAACGUGUUAAGGUUUUAUUUUGUGUAAAAGGUUGGUUUAUUCAAAGUUCACAUAUCUCUUUCUUCUUAUAAUGUCGGAUAAAAUGCAAUCUUUUUAGAAAAUAUGUGUGUAAUAUCUUCCUAAAUGUUGUAUUUGCCACCAUUUUGCACAAAGACGUUAUUUUGCACCUAACCUUACAAACUAAAUAAAUACCUAUUCCAUGUAAGUAGAUAGAUUAUUUUGUUAAGUAAUUAGUGAUUAGAAUGGUUAGGACAACGUUCACUACAAUUUUAUCCUUAACCUGUAAACUUGAAUGUAGUUACAUACUUUAUUUGUUCAUUGUAUCGACUUCUCUGUAUGUUAAAUAUUUAUUGGACAUAUUGGAAUAAUACUUAAUAAUUUAUUAGAGAAGAAUGAAUAAUGGUUCAUUAGUAGAUGCUUUCAAAGUAUUAAGGGUUCUUUGCACUGUUGAUGAGUAUUUAAAUUCAAUUAUUAAAGAACGAUUGCGUAAGUAGGUACCUUAACUUAAACUGUAGAUAUCAAGUUGGUAGAUUAGAUUUGUCGUUUAGAUACUUUACUGAAAUUGUAGGUUUAUAGAAUCUAAGGAAAAUAAAAUUGUAUUUAAAUUAAGUUGUUAUAAUUUUUUAGAUAACUUUAUUUUGAUAACUAUCAUAUUUUAUCCUGUAGGUACUGAAUUUAUAAAUGAACCUACCUGAAGAUUUGUAUGAUUAUUGAAUAUGUAGUUCACCUAUUUGUUUUUGAAUAGGUACCUACCCGUUUAGUUGUCCAAACAUACAUAGGGUUGUUCGUAGGUCGAGGUAAUUGUGUAGUGGAGGAGCGCGCCGGCGCCGGCCCCGGACCGGCUCUCCGGGCGGCGCAGGCGCGGCUGGUAGGGUAGCUAUGUGUUACGGCGGAAAGCACGGUGACGAACGAUACAGAUGCUAACUCACCGAUACAGGGCAAUAUGGAUAUUGUGUAUUUCCAAAAUACGUAUGUUUCUACGUGACAAUUAAACGCCUAAAUUGAUUAGCAUAUUGUUGUUGAACUUGAUGUAUUUUAGAGAAUUAUUGAUCAAAUCGAUGUUAUAUAGAUGUUUAUUGUAAAUAUUAGCUUUAAUUGAAGCCAAAGAAAUAUGGAAUGGUCUAGAGUGUUAUAGAAGGCUGUAUUUUUGGGUGAUAUUUUAGAAGGAUGGCAUCAUAUCUUUCAUAACAUUAUAUAAAAUAACACGAUAUAACUAUCUAAUAAUAACAGAUAUGAGCUGGAGAUGGACAUAGAAAAGGUAAUGAUGUGAUAAAUGCAAAUGGAUUUUAGUUUUAGUGUUGUUGUGCUAUUAAUAAAAUAUGUUCCAAUGUGGUUA